UCAAACAGUUGGUUGAAUAGAACUGUUGGUAGCAACGUUGCAACUGUUGCAUGCAGCAACACGUGGUGCACCAACAAAAGGUUAACCCAGUUGCAUCAGGAUGUCAAGGUUAUGUUAUGUCGCUUUCACCACCACGUGCCUAGGUCACGUGCGACCAUGAAGCGGGUCAAGUUCAAACCAGCAAUGCCAACAACAGGUGGCCAUGCCAUGUGUGGGAGUCGUCUCCCAUAACGACCGCGUUGACCGGGUUGCUACUAUUUUCCGGCUGUAAACAAAGUGAAAAUUUUUUGAGUUCGGCGGAAGUUUUUGAGUGGUCUCGCUUUUGGCCGGAUUUCAACGGAAAUGACCCACGGUAGGUGCUAAUUUUGACCAAUCAGCAUGAGUCGACGGUUGGCCAAGUUGCACAAACCGUGCGACAGGCUGGACAAGUACGACAAUGAGCCGUACAUACAGAACCCAUUGCUGAAUCUGUUCCUGUCCGAGGUGAAGGAACGACGCCAUUAUAGUUUCAUCCAACGGAAGGCCGCUGCGGAAAAAGUCAAAAUCUGUCGCCGAAAAACCGAAGACCUGGACGAUGUCAUCCCGAAGCCCGAGUCCUACUACGUCGAUCAGCUUCGUGAACAUGCCAAACGAGCUCCGGUUCCCAAGAUGCUUUCGCGGACGGAAGAAAAAAUUCUGUCUUUCGUUCCGAAGCGCCUACGGCAGCAAUAUCCAGCCGCGCUGAAAAACUACAUGGCGGACGUUCACGAAGACUUCGACAAAGUCAUGAAAGCUUUUAGCUGCCAGAAAAUUUUUAAACCCGCUCCCGAUGACUAUGUUCCACCGAGGGAAAAGUUUGAGUUCAAGCGACUCGGGAGAACUCCCAACUACAAAAACUUCCUCAAGCAUAAGGCCUCUAUCCAGAAAAACCUACUGAUUCCACAUCCGUUCAUUCGGUGCAUUAUCCAUUAUUCCUAUUCGGACUUUCCGGCGGUUUUGAAUGACUACACCAAGUAUAGGAUGAAGGAUGAGAUUACGUUGAAUGAGCUUCGCGAUAUGGCCAAGAAGGAACUCCUCGGAUACAACAACUUCAUCGCCCAGGAGUGGUAUCCAAAGAUCACGCGAAUCCUGAAGAAACACUACGAUCGUCGUACGCUUCCGAAGUCGAUGUGGCCGAAAGUGAUCAGCUGCGCUUCGGGACUCAUCAAUCGCCAGCUGACCGAGUUGAAACUUCGCACCAUUGAACACCUGCGGCAGACCGUUCUCAAUGUUCAUAAAAUUCCACAGAUGAAGGUCAUCGCCAUAUGUGACGACGGGGUGGUGGACUUGUUUCCAAGCUUGAACGACAUUUUUAGCGUGUAUCAGAACGCGAUCGAGGACAUUGCCACGGUGGGUUCACGCUUGGAUGCGCUGGAGAACAUCAUCGAUGCCCAGGCAUUUGUGACCAAAGUCAAUUUUAUGAAGAUUGUGGUCGGCGAGAUCACCCUACAAGAGGCUCACAACGCCUUGCAACUUGCUCUGGAGAAGACCUUCGAACCAUUGGUCAGUUAUUUGAAGGACUUCCAGGAGCAGUUUGCCGGUUUGAUAAGUCCCGAGACCCGCGACGAGUUGGACGAGUUCCUGAGCGAACCGCGUUCGUUCGAGGAAUAUCUGGAGAAGAUCGACUACUUCCAAGCGUACAACGAGAAGAUCAAGAACAUGGUGAUGAAGGAGUACUUCUACGUGGCCAUCGUGAACCAAUCGGAUGCCAUCGGUAGCGUGCGGAAAAUGGUCCGGGAGUACAUUGAGCGGAUUGCGUCGCACAUCGCGGUGGAACAUAGAAAGGAGAGUCAACGGAUUUGCAAGGAAUUUGAAGAGAUUAAGGAUCGGGCUUUGGAGAUACCGACCUCGACUGAGCAGCUGAUGGCCAACGGGGAGUACAUGACUCGCGCUAAAACGGAGGUUAUAGAGGAACUGCGCGAGAAGAUUCAGGAAUCGAUGAGGAUUGGAGCAUACUUGGUGGAGCUGAUGGAGCUGCCACCGGAUCACAUGGACGUCCAGGUGGAAAGUAUCAACUGGUACUUCCGGAUACAGGCGGUGUUUGAUAUCAAUUCCACAAACUUUGAAACCUACAAGUUCCAGUUUGAGGAGAAGUUACAGGAAGUGACGAAGCAGUUGAACGAAAAGAUGGAGGAAAUGAUUCCCAAGAUAGCGAUCAUCAACGACAUGACGGAAACGGAGAAGUUCCGAGACUACGUGAUGCUGUUGCAGAGCUAUAUCGAUCAGAUUUUUGUCUUUGAGGAUUACGUCAAGUGGAUCAACAAGGAAGAGGUGUUGUUCAAGUUUCCCAAAUCUCAAUAUGCAGUAUUGGAAGCGAUCAAGACUUUCAUCGUGCCGUUCUACAAGUUGAUCAGGUUAUGUAUGCGUUGGAUACGCUAUUAUGAUGUUUGGAUGGAUGGUCCCUUUGAAUAUCUGGAGCCUCACUUUGUGGAAUCCAAAACGGAAGAAUUCUUGAAGGAAUUUCAAAAGACUCAGAAGUACUACCGGAAUCGCAUCAAGGCAGACAUGCUGGAGAACACACUCUGUAAAUUCAAGGGUCAAACGGAAGAUCCGGAUCCGGAGAAGCAUCCGUGUCCACUGAAGCUUUGCGCCCGGAUGACACAGUCCAUCAAGGACUUCCACCUGGGAGUGUACAUCGUGAACAUUAUGUGCAAUCCGGCGUUGAAAGAUCGUCACUGGGACGAGAUGUCCGAGAUUGCCGGAUUCGAUUUGACCCCGGAUGCAGGCACUACCCUGCGUAAGAUCAUCAACCAUAAGCUGGACAAAGAUCUGGACAAGUUCGAAAUCAUCAGUAUCGGGGCGAACAAGGAGCUGCAGCUACAGAAGAAUUUGGCGGCCAUGAUCAAAGAGUGGGAGACGAUCGAGUUCAAGUUAAACCCGUUCAAGGAAACCAAUCUGAACAUUUUGUCUGGGUUGGAUGAAAUACAGGCGGUGUUGGAUGACCACAUCAUCAAGACUCUGGCAAUGAGAGGUUCAGCGUUCGUAAAGCCAUGCGAGAAGGAAGUGAAAGAAUGGUACAAAACUCUCACCCGUGUUAACAAAACCAUCGAACAAUGGGGAAAGGUGCAGAGCACGUGGUUGUAUCUGCUGCCCAUUUUCUCGUCGGCGGAUAUCGUGGCGCAGAUGCCGAACGAAGGUAGGAUGUUCCAGCAGGUGGACAAGACGUAUCGGAUGUACAUGAAGAUUGUUGAAGCGAAUCAUUCAGUGAUGAAUGUGGCGGCGGCCAAGGGUGUUCUGGAAGCUUUGGAGGAGUCCAAUGAACUAAUGGAGGAGAUCACCAACGGCGUCAACGAAUAUCUGGAGAAGAAGCGGCUGUACUUCCCGAGGUUCUUCUUCCUCUCGAACGAUGAAAUGUUGGAGAUUUUGUCGGAAACGAAGGAUCCGCUUCGGGUUCAGCCACAUUUGAGCAAGUGCUUCGAAGGUGUCAACCGACUGGAGUUUGAUCAGGCUUUGGAUAUUCGCUCGAUGUUCAGCAUUGAGAAGGAACAGGUACAGUUCGUGGAUAAGGUGUCGACUUCGGAAGCUCGAGGAAGCGUGGAGAAGUGGUUGCUUCGGGUAGAGGAAGAGAUGUUGCGUGCCGUGUUCCAUGAAAUGCGAGGCAGCUAUGAGGCGUACAAGGAGAAGGAACGUCACGCUUGGGUGUUGGAUUGGCCUGGCAUGAUAGUGCUCUGCGUAUCGCAGAUUUACUGGGCAGCAAAUAUUCAUGCGUGCUUGGGACAGAAACCAGAAGCGAUCGUGGAGUACUAUGAACAGUUGCAGAAGGAGCUCAUGGAUGUAGUCAUGCUUAUUCGUUCGAAGGAGAUUACCAAUUUGGACCGCAUCACGAUCAAAGCGCUGAUAGUUAUCGAUGUUCACGCGAAGGAUGUCGUAGACGACCUGAUCAAGCAAGGGAUUCACUCGGAAAAUGAUUUUCAAUGGCUGGCACAGUUGCGAUACUACUGGAGCGAGGAAGAAGUGACAGUGAAGAUUAUCAACGCUUCGGUUCGCUAUGCUUGCGAAUAUCUAGGAAAUUCGGAUCGGUUGGUUAUCACUCCGUUGACGGAUCGAUGUUACCGGACUCUGAUGGGAGCAUACCAGCUGCAUCUGAAUGGGGCACCGGAAGGUCCUGCCGGAACCGGUAAGACGGAAACAACCAAGGAUUUGGCAAAGGCGCUGGCAGUACAGUGCAAGGUGUUCAACUGUUCGGAUGGGCUGGAUUACAAAGCGAUGGGGAAGUUCUUCAAAGGGCUGGCUUCUUCUGGAGCAUGGGCCUGUUUCGACGAGUUCAACAGAAUCGAAUUGGAAGUAUUGUCGGUAGUCGCACAACAGAUCUUAUGCAUCAUUGUGGCUGUCCGAGCAGGAGUGCAGAAGUUCAUAUUCGAAGGAACGGAACUGAAUCUAAAUCCCGCAUGCUACGUCUGCAUAACGAUGAAUCCUGGCUACGCCGGUCGAUCAGAGCUUCCGGACAAUCUCAAGGUGCUCUUCCGGACCGUCGCCAUGAUGGUUCCAGACUACGCCAUGAUCGGAGAGAUCUCUUUGUAUUCUUUCGGGUUCACUAAUGCACGAUCCCUGGCAGUCAAAAUCGUUACCACUUAUCGCCUUUGUUCGGAACAGCUGUCUUCCCAGAAUCACUACGACUACGGAAUGCGAGCCGUCAAAACUGUACUUCAAGCUUGCGGUAACCUCAAAAAGGCGUUCCCCGAUGAAGAUGAAGAAAUUUUGCUGCUGAGGUCACUCCUGGACGUGAACCUUCCGAAAUUCCUCCGGAAAGACGUCCCUCUUUUCGAAGGAAUCAUUUCCGAUCUAUUCCCCGGAGUCUCGCUCCCCGAAGCAGAUUACACGCUGCUGACCAACGCAUUCGAGGACGUCUGCCGGGAGAAGCAGCUGCAACCCAAGGAUACCUUCCUGACUAAAGUGAUUCAAACCUACGAGAUGAUCAUCGUGCGACACGGUUUCAUGAUGGUUGGGCUUCCCUUCUCGGGCAAGUCCAUGACCCUGCAAGUUCUGGCCGAGUGCUUGACGAAGCUGAAAGGCAAAAGCGACAAUCCGUACUUUCAGCGCGUUCACUACGAAGUGGUGAACCCCAAGGCGAUUACCAUGGGUCAGCUGUAUGGAGCGUUCGAUCCGAUUUCGUACGAAUGGACUGACGGAAUUGCGUCAACGAUCUUCCGGCGAUUCGCCAUCGAUACGGAGCCCGAUCGGAAGUGGUUGAUAUUCGAUGGGCCGGUGGAUGCGGUUUGGAUCGAGAAUAUGAACACGGUGUUGGAUGACAAUAAGAAGCUGUGUUUGACCUCGGGUGAAGUCAUUACGAUGAGCGGAGAGAUGUCGAUGAUAUUUGAGGUUAUGGAUCUGGAGCAGGCAUCGCCUGCGACGGUGUCUCGGUGUGGAAUGAUCUUCAUGGAGCCGUCCGUGAUUGGGUGGGAGGCUUUUGUGAAGUCGUGGAUUCUGCGGUGCAACAAGCAAUGGACGGCGGAUUGGGAGGAGCUACUGCUUGAGAUCUUCCGGUGGGUGAUUCCGGACUGUCUGAAGUUCAUUAGGAGGCAGUGCCGGCAGUAUUUGUACCCUGGAGAUAUUAACUUGCUGACCUGUACGAUGAACAUCUUCCAAAUGGUAAUCGAUGAGGCGGUUCAUGAGAGCCCGGACGAGUACGCGAAGUACCUGUUCACGUGGUUUCAGGCGGCGUUGAUGUACUCGGUCGUUUGGGGCUUGGGAGGUAUUUUAGACAUGGAGUCGAAGGUCAAGUUUGAUGAGUUCUAUCGAGAGAUUUGGAAGGGUACGGAUGAGAAUCAUCCGGUUCCGGAAGCUUUGGGGAAAAUCGAUGUGUCAAUGCCAGGCGAAGGAAUGAUCAUGGACUACGUGUACUAUUUUAAGCAAAAGGGCAACUGGCGCUACUACCCAGAUAUGGUUAGGCAGAUGAAAAACGAAGUGGGCAUCACCCUCCUGGUUCCGACUUUGGACUCCGUCCGUUACAUGCACAUACUGGACAUUCACGUGAAGAACAAAAAACCUCUUCUCCUGGUAGGACCCACCGGCACAGGAAAAACGUACUACUUGCAAAACUAUCUGAUGAGCAAAAUGGACCAAACAACAUUCCUGCCUACUCUCAUCACCUUCACGUCCCAGAUCACGGCCAAUCAAACCCAAGAGCUAAUCAUAUCCAAGUUACUGAAGAAACAGCGCGGUCGUUACGGACCUCCGGACAACAAAACUUCCGUUCUUUUCAUCGACGACAUGAACAUGCCGGCCAAAGAGAUCUACGGAGCUCAACCGCCUAUAGAGCUGAUCAGACAAUACUUCGACUACAGCCAUUGGUACGAUCCGAAAGAUGCGUCCAAACUGUUCCUGGAAAAGAUCCUCAUAAUGACGGCCUGCGGUCUACCGGGAGGAAGUCGUCAGAACGUGUACGAGCGGUUCCUGUGCCAUUUUGACAUCUUUGCCAUCAGCAACUUUAACGAUGAAACGAUGUUCAAGAUCUUCAGCAACGUUCUGCUGGACGGAUACAAGAAGGGUGGCCACGCCACGGAUGUAACCACGAUGGUUAACAUGAUCGUAAACGCAACUCUGGACACGUAUCAGUUUGCAUGCGCAAAACUUCUGCCAACUCCGGCUAAGUCGCACUACAUCUUCAACCUUCGGGACGUUUCGCGGGUCAUCAGUGGUUGUUCGAUGUUGAAACGCGAAUCCGUCGAAAGCAAGAAGGUAUUCCCACGGCUUUGGAUGCACGAAGCCAUGCGUGUUUUCUAUGAUCGCUUGGUCAACGAUGCGGAUCGGUUGUUCGUAUUCGACAAGCUGAACCAGAAUCUGAAAACGUUCUUCAAGGAGCGCACGGAACUUUUGCUGCCGGAUUUCUUCGACGAGCAAACUGGAGUUGUGAAGCUGGGAAACUUGAAUAAUUUGAUGUUCGGGAGUUACUUUGACGCGGACGCCGAGCCAGAAGAUCGGAAAUACGAGGAAACGCAGCAGGUGGAGCAGUUUAGGGAUUUGGCGAACCGUGAUCUGGCAGAAUACAACAGCACACAUAAGGCGAAGAUGGACAUUGUUCUGUUCCAGUAUGCUCUGCAGCAUUUGAAUAAAAUUUGUCGUAUAAUGUCAAUGUCCGGAGGAAGCUGUAUGCUAGUUGGGAUGGGUGGAUCCGGACGACAAUCGUUGACCAAAUUGGCGGCUCAGAUAUGUGGACAAUCGUUGUUCCAACCGGAGAUUACAAAGUACUACGGAAUCAACGAGUGGAGAGAAGAUCUCAAGAAGGUGUUGAAGGAGGCUGGAGGAAUGGGUCGGGACACGGUAUUCUUGUUAACGGAAGCCCAACUAAAGGAGGAGGCCUUCCUUCAGGACAUCGACUGCCUCCUCAAUAUUGGAGAAGUUCCCAACAUCUACCCGAUUGACGAGAAGCAGGAGAUUCUGGAAUUAGUGCGACUUGCAGCUCAAGGCGGAAACCGAAACCUCGACAUCAGCCCCCUAGAGGUGUUCCAGUUCUUUGUUAACCGCUGCAAGCAGAAGCUUCACAUCGUGAUCUGUUUCAGUCCGAUUGGAUCGGUCCUGAGGACCAGAAUCCGUCUGUAUCCCUCUCUCGUCAACUGCUGUACAAUCAACUGGUUUGACGCAUGGCCAGAAGAUGCCUUGGAGAAGGUUGCAGAAAUGUACAUGAAGGAGCUGAACGUGGCUCCCUCGGUGAAGGAAUCGAUCGUCGUAACCUGCAAACACUUCCACGUAGUAGCUCGCGAAGUGUCCGCCGAGUUCACCAAAGCUACCGGACGAGUCACCUACAUCACUUCAGCAUCGUAUUUGGAGCUGAUCAAGUGUUUUCGGAAUCUAACCAAGAAGCACCAGUCCGAAAUUAUGGAGAACAAGAUGCGCUACUUGGGUGGUUUGGAGAAGCUGGAUGCUGCAGCGGAAGCCGUAUCGACGAUGCAAAAGGAACUAAACGCCCUACAACCGACGUUGAUUAUCAUGGCCGAGGAAUCCCGCAAAAUGACCGAAGAAAUCGAAAAGGAAUCUAUAGAAGCAGCUGCAGCUACGGAACAAGUGAAGAAGGACGAAAUUGUGGCAAACAUACAAGCAGCUGAAACGCAAGUAUUGAUGGCGGAUUGUGAGAAGGACCUCGCUGGAGCAAUUCCCAUUCUGGAGGAAGCUAUUCAAGCGUUGAAUACCCUGAAGCAAAAUGACAUCACCUUGGUGAAAUCGAUGAAAAACCCACCCGAAGUGAUCAAGCUGAUUAUGGCUGCCGUUUGCGUGAUGAAGGGUAUUCCACCAGACAAGGUCACCGAUCAGGCCACUGGAAAGAAGAUGCUGGAUUAUUGGGGACCCAGUAAACGGUUGCUCGGAGAUAUAAACUUCCUGCAAACGUUGAAGGACUACGACAAGGAACACAUCAAUCCGGACGUUAUGAAGAAAAUUCGGAAGGAUUUCAUACCCCACAAGGACUUUCAACCACAUAUCGUGGCGAAGGCGUCCAGCGCGGCGGAAGGUUUAUGCAAAUGGAUCAUUGCAAUGGAUUUGUAUGACGCCGUGGCAAAGAUAGUGGCUCCGAAAAAGGAGAAGCUACGACUAGCGGAAAAUGCCUACGCGGAGACGAAGAAGAUACUGGCGGAGAAGCGACAGUUAGCGGCAGACUUGGAGAAGAAAGUGGCAGAACUGAAUGACAACCUGGAGGAGGCGAAUCGCAAGAAGCAGGAAGUCGAAGAUGAAGUGCAGAUGUGCAAGGAGAAGUUGCAUCGGGCAGAAAUGUUGAUCGGAGGACUUGGUGGAGAGAAGAGCCGUUGGACGGCCUCGGCUGAGCGACUGCAACAGCUGUACGACGACUUGGCCGGAGAUAUUCUGGUUUCUAGCGGAGUGAUUGCGUAUCUUGCUCCGUUGACUGCUACGUACCGACAUCGUUGCAUUGAGAAUUGGCACACGUUUGUUAAGAAGAUCAAAAUUCCUUGUUCGGAAAGUUACAGCUUGGUAGACAUACUGGGAUCCAUGAUUAAGAUUCAGAACUGGAAUAUCGCAGGUCUGCCAACGGAUGCGUUUUCAGUGGAGAAUGGCAUAAUAAUGGACAGUUCAAGCAGAUUUAGCCUGUUUAUCGAUCCACAGUUUCAGGCGAACAAGUGGAUCCGCAAUAUGGAACGGAACAACCACUUGCAGAUCCUGAAGUUCUCACAAGCGGACUACAUGAAACGACUGGAGUCAUGCAUAGAACACGGGUAUCCAGCGCUGAUCGAGAAUAUCUUUGAAGACCUGGAAGCUCCUUUGGAUCCUCUUUUGAAUAGGAACACUUUUGUUCAGGGAGGAACCGAAUAUCUGAGCUUAGGAGAUAACGUGAUCCCAAUAUCUCCGAAAUUCCGUCUGUAUCUCACUUCAGGACUUCGCAAUCCACACUAUCUACCGGAAGUAUUCAACAAAGUGACCAUCAUCAAUUUUGCACUGACGAUCCAAGGCCUAGAAGAUCAACUGCUAGGUAUUGUAGUUGCCAAAGAGCGACCUGACCUCCAGGAACUUCGGCAAACCCUGAUCGUCCAGGGUGCGAAGAACGUUGCCAUGCUGAAGGAGGUUGAGGACAAGAUUUUGAAAACCCUGUCCGAGAGUAAAGGCGACAUAUUGGAAGAUGAAACCGCUAUUAAGAUUUUGGAUGAUUCUAAGCGAAUCUCGAUCGAUAUUGUCAAGAAACAGGAAGAUUCGAAGGAAAUCGAAGCGAAGAUUGAAGCUUUUCGUCAGAGCUAUCGUCCUGUGGCGGCUCAUUCGUCGACGUUGUAUUACUGUAUAACGGAGCUACCGAACAUCGAUCCCAUGUACCAGUUUUCGCUAUCUUGGUUCAUUAAUCUAUACAUUUACUCGAUCGAGAAUGCCAACAGAACUAAGGAUCUUCUUCGGCGACUGAAGUUUCUCAUGGAUGCGGUAACGUUGAAUCUGUACAAUAAUGUUUGCAGAUCCCUGUUCGAAAAGGAUAAGCUUCUGUUCUCAUUUGUGCUGACAACGAAGAUCAUGAUCUCCUGUAAUCAGAUUGACUUGAAAGAGUUUGAAUUUCUUCUACUUGGUGGGGAGAGAAGUACGGUUGAUCUACCGAAUCCAAACCCCAGUUGGAUAACCGAUAAACUCUGGGAGGACAUUCGCCGAUUAGAACAGCUACCGGAAUUCGCUGGUUUCACAAAGAGUUUCAUCGAGACAACAGACGCUUGGAAGCGCUACUAUGACGUUGACGAUACUCACCUGGAGAAGUUACCCUCGCCAUGGCAGGAGAAGACAAAUCGCUUCGAGAAGCUUAUAGUACUUCGCACUUUCCGCCCGGAUAAGGUUGUCCUUGCAAUAACUGAGUUUGUCGCUUCCGAGAUGGGGCCAGCAUAUGUCCUCCCGCCUCCAUUCGACAUCGCGAAAUCCUACGAAGACUCCAACUGUCUAACUCCACUGAUCUUCAUUCUGUCGCCUGGUGCGGAUCCUAUGAAUGCUCUACUACUAUUUGCCGAGAAAAUGGGAUUUGAUGAAACUUUCCAGGCGAUAUCUCUUGGACAAGGUCAGGGCCCCAUUGCGCAGAAAAUCAUCGAGAAAGCACAGGACGAAGGAACUUGGGUGUGUCUUCAGAAUUGCCACCUUGCCGCCUCCUGGAUGCCCACGUUGGAGUUCUUGUGGGAAAACAUGGACCUCUUUAACACUGUGUCUUCCUUUCGGCUUUGGUUGACCAGCUACCCUUCGGAGCAGUUUCCGGCAAGCAUCCUCCAGAAUGGUAUCAAAAUGACGAACGAGCCACCAACGGGCCUGCAACAGAAUCUCCUGCGAUCGUACAACUCGGAACCUAUGAAUGACGACGCUUUCUACACGGGUUGUGCCGGAAAAGAUCGAUCCUUCUCCAAACUGCUCUAUGGAAUUUGCUUUUUCCACGCAGUCGUCCAAGAACGUCGCAAAUUCGGGCCUCUCGGAUGGAACAUCUCCUACGGGUUUAACGAAUCCGACUUCCAGAUCUCGGUCCUUCAAUUGCAGAUCUUUCUCAAUCAGUACGACGACAUUCCGUAUAUGGCCAUCUCGUACCUCACCGGAGAGUGUAACUACGGAGGACGCGUUACCGACGCUUGGGAUCGCCGAGCGAUUGUUACUAUUUUGGCGGACUACAUCAAUGAUCGGGUGGUGAAUGACCCGAAGUACCGCUUCUCCAACCAGGGCGACUGCUAUGGAGUUCCGUUGAGAAACGAACAUCGAGAGUACGUAGCGCAUAUCAAAAACAACGUACCGAACUACCCAAGUCCCGCCGUUUACGGAUUGCAUCCCAAUGCGGGGAUAACCAGGGAUCUUAACGCUUCCAAGGUGUUGCUGGAGUCCAUGUUGAUGACCCAGGGAGGAUCCUCGGAGAUGAGCGACGCCGACAAGGAGAAAGCUAUAUUAUCGGUCGUUGAAGGGAUUGAGAGUCGACUACCACCAGACUUCGACUUGGAAAUAGCAAAAGCAAAAUACCCAGUAGAUUACAGCGAAUCGAUGAAUACGGUGCUGGUUCAGGAAAUGGAACGAUUCAACAAUCUGCUCCAGGAAAUUCGCAGCAGCUGCAUCAAUCUGAAAAAGGGUAUCGCCGGGUUAAUUGUAUUGACUCCGGAGCUGGAAUCUGUUUACAACGCGAUCAACUACAAAAAGAUCCCGGACAGCUGGAUGCGGAAGUCGUAUCCGAGUUUGAAACCGAUCGGAGCAUACAUCAAUGACUUUUUGGAACGAUUGGCGUUCUUGGAAACGUGGUAUCAAACGGGUAAACCGAAUGUUUUCUGGAUCUCCGGAUUCUACUUUACACAGGCUUUCCUGACGGCGGCAAUGCAGAACUACGCUCGCAAGUACCGGAUUCCGAUCGAUAUACUGACAUUCGACUACAGUGUUUUGCGGGCAACGACGGUGAACUCAAGCCCAGAAGAUGGCGUUUACAUUGAAGGACUGUUCUUGGAAGGCGCCAAGUGGAAUCUCCGGGGAAGCUAUCUGGAGGAACAGUUACCGAAAAUGCUGAUCGAUACCAUGCCGAUCAUACAUCUGAUACCCAUCAAGACAGCCGAGCUGGACGAGGGCAACCGCUACAAAUGUCCGGUAUACAAAACGGCCGAGCGGAAGGGAACUCUUUCGACGACCGGUCAUUCAACGAACUACGUCAUCCCGAUUUUGCUGGGGACCAGACUGAAUAGCGCUCACUGGGUCAAACGGAGCGUGGCACUUCUGUGCCAGAUCUCGGAGUGAGCGCUGGAACUGAUAAAUUUUCUAAUAUCAUUUUAUCUGAAACGAGUGAAUCAUUAUAAUGGCGAAACAAGCACUUAAUUUUGCUAUACAUUGUAUUCUGAAUAAACGCACGUCGUAUUCAAGUAGAGGAUUCCUGCGAUAUAGUUCUUUAUGUAAUGAGUUGCAAAAAGUUGAUUUUUUCAGCACGAGUCUUAC